AUGGCUUCACGGGAGGGCGAGAACGGCGCCGGGGGUGCAGGUGGCGAUACCAGCGCGGCGGGCGAGGGUGUGGUCGACGGGGGUGCUGCACAAGUACCAGUGCCACCACCGCCGGCGACGACGGUGUUUCCGCUUUUUGAUCUUAAGAAACGUAUUUAUCCUUCCCCCUUUCCUACCGCCCUCUUUGGUGUUGGUUUUGCGGCGGUUUGGGGUGGUGGAGAAGAAGGGCAAGAAGGAGAAGCAGGGGAACUGACACUGACGCUGACACUGACAUUGUAUGUACCUACAGGCAAAGAACUCUACCAAAAAGCACAACCCCCCCCACCACCACCACAACCCACACGUAAAUCCAAAUCCCGCGCCGCCGCCCCCCCGCGCUCCACCACGCCCACGUCCUCCUCCCUCUCCGACAACGACGCCACCUCCACCUCUGCCUCUAACUCCAACUCUACCUCCACCACUACCACCGCCGCAAAGAAGAAAAAGCAACCUGCAACUGCAAGGCCCAAACGCCGCCCCAAAGACGAUCCGGACGGCGACUUCUCUGCCGCUAAACCGCGCGCGCGCAGGGCGCUGGUGCCGAGGAAGAAGGCGGUGAAGCCACUGCAAAAGGACAAGGACAAGUCGAAAGACACGGAGAAGAAGAAGGAAGAGGGGGGUGCAAUGGCAGAGACGCCAUUCCUAACGCCUACGUCGUCGCCGCCGGCGAUGGACUGCGGCGGCGGUAGUGGUAGUGGCGAUGACAUGGACGUCGACGUCGACAUGGACGAAGUAGAUCUCGUCGGCCGUAGCCGCCGUAAGCGCCGGCGCAAGACGCCGGUCGACGACAAUGUCAGAGAGGUGGCACCGCCGUCGUCGCCGGCGGUAGUGGCACAGAUGGGGGCGUUGGCAGUGUCGCCAAGGAAGGCGGAUGCGUUUGGCGUGCUGAUGGGAAAGCGGAGCAGCAACGCGGGGAAAGUAUCAAUGGCGGAACAGGAAGACGCAGAGGAUAGGGAAGGGGAGGAGGAAGAAGAUGAGCCCAUGCUGCCCCUGGGUGUUCCGGAGGCGGCGGCAGUGGGGGCGCGGAAGAGGAUACCGGUGUCGUGGGACUCGGAGACGGGGAUGCUGACGAUACGGAGUAGUCCUGGUCUGCUACCGUCGAGUCCGGCGCUGGGGCCGGUUGAUGUGUUGGAUUUGGCGGCGGGGAGUGAUUGCGAAGCGGAAGGGAAAGAGGGGGGAGAGGGGAGGGCGCUGAGGGGACUGGGGCGCAGGAAGAGGACCACGGCGAGGUAUGAUCCGGGAACGGGCAUCCUGAGUAUCAAGAGCAGCCCGAUCCUGGCGGCGGAGAGCGCGAUGGACGCGGUUCCUGAUAGCGACUUUUGUCUUUUGGACUAUGAACAGCCGCAGCCGCAGGAAGAGGAGGGUAAAGAGCUGCCAUUACCAUUGCCACUCCCUCCUCCUCCUCCUCAUCAACAGGGGGAGUCUCAGGCAGAGACAUCGCAGCCCGAAAACACAGCGAAACGCACAUCCGCAAAAUACGACACCGCAACGGGCCUGCUCGUCAUCAGCAGCCCUGUCCUGGGCCCCGUGAAGACGCCAGAGCUGCGGCCAAAGAGCGCGUUCAGCCUGCUGGGGAAGAAGAAGAAAGAACCCCCACCUCCGCCGCAGUCUGCCCCAGCAAUCUCUGCUCCCCAGACUGCAGCAGCAGCGCCGGCGCAGGAGCCGCUGCCGACAGUCACGGUGCGGCAGGCACCAAAGAAGGUGGCAGGCUCGCAGACGGGAAAGAGCGUGCACCCGUUCUUCAAGCCUGGGGGGAUCAAGAAAGUCCCCGACCCUCCUCCUCUACCCCAAUCCGACGCCGAGGAAGAAGUCACUACCGCUACCUCCCAGCCCCAGCCCGCACGCAGCGCCCCCACCACCACAACCCUCAGCGCCUUCGCCACCACCGCAAAGAUCGCAGCCCCAUGGGACACCCCCUGGCCCACCCGCGCAAACAACCACAUCCGCGCCCUCCCCUCUACCCCGCUCCUCCUGCCGCCCGGGAUAGACAUAGACGCACAUCUGCAGCCCGCCGACCGCAAGCGCAAAGAGCGCGCCGUCGUCGUCUCUGGCGCAGAAGACCUCCUGCACCAGCUCGCGCGCACCCUGCGCGUCCCGCGCGUGGCCAGAGAGGUCGCAGAUCGUGACUACUACACGCGCCGCUACUACGACGUGCCGGAGCAUGUGCGCCUCCCGGCGCGCAUCGUGAUGACGGGGAGCGAGCUGCAGAGCAUUGUGCGCGGGCGGGUUGCCAGUCGACUGCCGCACCCGAAUGCGCCGCGGCCACGGCCACAGGAUGACGGGAGGGAGAAGGGGGGGAUGGGUGCGGGAAAGGUGCAUCCGGCGCUGCUGAAGCUGUACUGGCGGCUGCAGAGCGAGCUGACGCCGUUCGACGUGAGUGAGUGCGAGACCAGCUGCUGGGAGGUGAAGUAUGCGCCCGAGUGUGCGGCGGAGGUGUUGCAGACGGGGAGGGAGACGCAGGUGCUGCGGGACUGGCUGCGCGCGCUGAAGGUGGAGAGUGUUGCGCCGGCGGCGGCGGCGCAUGCGGGUUCGAGGGCGGUGAAGCGGAAGACGAGGGGCGUGAAGGGUGGGGCGGUGGCGAAGAAACGGAGGAGGAGGAAGGAGGCGGAGUUGUCGGAUUUCGUCAUUGAUAGUGAGGAGGAGCGGGAUGAGAUGAAUGAGAUCUCGGACGCGGAGGAGAGUAAUAGCGGCGGCGGCGGGGGUGGGGUGUUUGGCGUGAAGAGGUCGACGAUUAGGGCGGGUGAUAAGGGGAUUGAGUGUCCGUUUGGAGGCCCGAAGGAGUUGGGGAGGUUGGUGAAUGCGGUGGUUAUCAGUGGGCCGAGUGGGUGCGGGAAGACGGCGGCCGUGUAUGCGGUUGCGAGGGAGGCCGGGUUUGAGGUGUUUGAGGUGUCGCCGGGCAUGAGGCGCAAUGGGAAGGAUAUCGUGGAUCAGGUAGGCGAGAUGAGUCGGACGCAUCUCGUGCACCAGGCCAAGGCCGCCGCGCCAGAGGCGGGGGCGUUCUUCAAGCCAAAAACGGCGGCGCAGAAGGAGAAGCUGGAUGAGGAGGCGGCAGCGGCGGGGGGGACAAAGGCACCGGCGCAGCAGCAGCAGUCGUUGAUCCUGAUCGAGGAGGCCGACGUGCUCUUCGACGAGGACAAGAACUUCUGGUCGAGCGUGCAGACGCUCAUGGCGCAGAGCAAGCGCCCCAUCGUGUUCACCUGCAACGACGAGAGCCUCCUCCCCAUCAGCAGUCUCUCUCUACAUGCCGUGCUGCGCUUCACCCCGCCGCCCAGAGACCUCCUGGUGGACAACCUCAUGCUGGUGUGUGCGAACGAGGGCCACCUGCUGGAGCGCGGGAGCGUGCACAGCCUCGUCGUGGCGAAGGGCGACGAUAUGAGGGCUGCGCUUGUGGAGCUGGAGUUCUGGUGCCGGCUGGGGCUGGGGGACCGAAAGGGGGGGCUGGACUGGAUGGUGAUGCGGUGGCCGGAGGGCGUGGAUGUCGCGGCGAAUGGAGAGCGCAUGAGGGUUGUUAGUGAGGGGACGUAUUUGGAGGGCAUGGGCGCGUUUGAUCGCGCGGUGGGCGGGGAGCAGCGCAGGUGGAGGAAUGCGUGGGAGAUGUGGGGCGUGGAUGUCGGUGCUGCGGAUGGCGGGGAGGAGCUGGCGAGGGAGAUGUGUGCUGCUGCUGUGGGGGAGGGGAUGGAUGUGGGGGGGGCGCUGCGGACUUGUGAGGAGUAUGCGGAGGCGUUGAGUGCCGUGGAUGUGUAUGCGGGCGCUGCCAUGAGGGGCUUUGAUGAGCUAUUCAUGGACAGCACCCAGCCCCCGCCCAGCGCGAAGGCCCGCACAGACGAUCUCCAGGGCCACCCAACGCUGCGCGAAGCCCCGCUCGACCGCAUCUACACCGUCGACACCGACAUGGCCACCGCCGUGCGCUACCUCGCGAAGCGACACCUCUAUGGGGCCAGGUACACCGCGCUCGGCGACAGCCAGCUCGUGCAGCUCGUCACGCAGCGGGGGCGGAAUAGACAGGCGCUACAACCGCUGUCACCCCACUACCUGGCCGAGACCUUCCGGCCGCUCACGUACGCAUCGACGAUCUUUGCGAAUAGCCCCGCGAUCGUGCAUUCGGCGGUGAAUAGGGCGCCGGGCGUGCUGGUGCUGGAUGUGGCGCCGUAUGUGCGUGGGAUUGUGAGGCAUGAUGCGCGGCAGGCGGAGAUGCGGGUUCGGGCGAGUGGGCUGCUGUCUGCUGGCGGUGGUGGGGGGGGAGGGAGGGUGACGAGGACGGCGAGGAAUGCGGGGGAGGGCGGGGAUCGGAGGAGGAGGGAUAGGUGGCUGGGGGUGGCGGGGGUGGAGGUGGGGAUGGUGGUGGGGAGUGGGGGGGUGGGGUGGGGUGCGGAGGAGGGGGAGGGGGAGGAGGGGGAUGUGGAUGUGGAUGGGGUGUAUGACUUGGAGGAGGAGGAGUUAGACUAA